ACGCUAUCUAUACGACGUAUAGAGAAAUCGCAAGUCUCCACUCUCUCACUAUAAAAACACAAAACUGGGAUUCCGAUUUCUCUUUAUUUUCUGUUUGUUGCGGAAACGAUACUAUCAAUGGAUGGCUUCUGGAACGAGCAAUUUUCCCCGAACCUAUCCGAUUACGGUGAAGCAAAUCUACCAGUAUGGAAUCAAGGACUUUUAAUGUACCCGAUCUCAGUACAAAAUCAUUCCGGACUAAGCAGCGGGAUUACCGAUAAGCAGAGUAAUGGAAGCACAGUCCAGGCAUCUCAAUCUCCAAACACUUCAAAUGCUCGUGUUUUGAAAAAAAGUCUGUCUAGUUUAUCCGAAACUGAGCGAUAUGAUAGGAAAAGGAAAAGUGAUCAGGCAUCAUAUCGCCAAAGAAUAAAGCAAAACAAAGUGCAAAUGCAAUUGGAUUUUGAGAACCUUAAUAGAGAAAAUGAUUCUUUGAAGGCCGAGAAUCAGUCAUUAAAACAGGAUAAUGCUUCCAUGAAUCAAACCUUGGCAAAACAAGCAGCAAUGAUUGAUCAGUUGCGGAGUGAUCUUUUGACGCUGAAGCAUGACAACAGCAAACAAAAUGUUCUUUUGGAAACACUUACACAGUAUCUGGCUGAUCCAUUGCGGCUCGAAAAUGCGAAACUGAAGGCCGAAAAUGCUUCAUUAAGGAAGAGUGCCAAUCUUAAUAGUAAUGUACUACAGCUGUUGGCAGAGAAUGCCAAUUUGAAACUUGAAAAUAAGGUACUCAAGGUUCAAAACGAUGCUUUAUGUGGUAAGAUUAUUAGUGACAACGACAAGAAGAGAGCAAAAACAGUAAUCUGAAGUACUGUCUGAAGAUGUGCCGACAUUGCCGGAUUCCGUUCAGUUUAUCCGUUGAGGUGGUCUGGUCUUCAAGAUGUCAUUCCACUUUGCUGUUGCCUUGUUGCUACUGAAUAUUCCUUCAUCAGCUAUGGCCUUUGAAUUAGAUUUUGUGUUUAGUGCACUUCUGUUUUUGAACACGUCAGUGGUGAAAUUCUCAAACUUCAGUGGACGUAUAUGUUGUAUCCGUUUGUUUGUUUGUUUUAUUUGAAGACGUAAUCUUCAUUGUUGUAAGUUAUUAGAAAUAAGGCGGGGGUUUUUUUUUUUAAAUAAGGGUAUGGUGUACUUGC